GUAGAAUAAGUUGACAGCCCGUUGACUUAGUUCGGCAAGCUUACGCAAGAUGACCAACCAAACCGCAUCAAUCAUUCACAACUACUAUCCUUCAUCGAUACACCUACCACACUAUGCGGCCAACACCACCCCAGUUUUCUCACUAAUAGCCCAAUUCGGUAUCCUCUGGGUCGCUGUGCUUGGAGUCGCUCUGAUUAGUAUCCGCCGCGCACGACCUACCGCAAGUCGAUCAGACCAAUCGGCAUUCGUAUGGAUGUGUCUGACGGGAUUCAUUCACCUCUUCUUCGAAGCCUACUUUGUGAUCAACCAUCAAUCCCUCGCCAGCUCGCAGGACCUCUUCGGCCAGCUAUGGAAGGAGUACUCCCUCUCUGAUUCGAGGUACCUGACGUCGGACGCAUUCCUUGUGUCCAUGGAGGCCGUCACCGCCUUCUGCUGGGGCCCUCUCGCAUUCUUUAUCGCCUACUGCAUCGCCGCCCAGCACCCCGCUCGACACGCCCUGCAGCUCAUCAUGUCGCUUGGACAGGUCUACGGCGAUGUGCUGUACUAUGCGACGAGCCUGUUCGACCUCCACUACCAUGAGAUGGAGUUCUGCCGGCCCGAGGGUUAUUACUUCUGGUUCUAUUACUUUUUCAUGAACUUUAUCUGGAUUGCUGUGGGGUCUUAUUAUGCGUAUCAAAGUGCGGUGGAGAUCACGCGGGCUUUCAGGAAGCUGAGUGAGUUCGAUCGGAAACGCAAGUCGAACUGAUUGGUGUGAGAGGAGCUGGUUACGCAUGUUCGUGGCGGAAUCUGCCUCAGGCUCUAAGCCGGAUGUAUAAUUUCAGUGGGAAGGAGAAUAGUGUGUAGUAUGUUCUGUCAUACUGACUUCCGAACGAAGAUAUUUCUCUCGCGAGACUAUUAAAAUAUCCUGAUUCGACUGGUGAAGUCAUCUCCCCUGAACCUGCUCGGCAAUGACAGCUGUCGAGCUCGGGUAACCCGACUCCAGUCGACCGGCUUGGCGGUGGGACGUUAUAGCUUAGCUCUCUUGGCUCUAGUUCAGCCCUACUACUCUACCACGGUAGCUCAAUUGGGUAUAGAUGUUUCGGUGCUCAUUUAUGCAGUGAAAAUGAUUGGUGUACUAUCUCUAAC